CGUCAUCAUCAGGUCAAAGGGCGUCUAGAGAAAGAUGGCGGCGUCCAGGGGAGCUGUAGUGUUAAAGACGGUCAAGAAAAUAGCUGUUCAGUUUUGCCCAUUUGAAUCUAAUGUCCGCUCUACAAGAGAUUUUCUCUUCAUGGUCGGCUCUGAUAAAGCCAGAUCCUCAAAUAUGAACUGUGAAGUUGUCACAGAGGUGAAGCACGACCAAUCAGAGCCUCUGAUUGACAUCACAUUUUUGGAUGGAGAAAGGCUGGUGAUGAAAGGAUCCAAACUAACCACACAAGAAAUGCUGUCAGCACUACAGACCCGCUGUAAUGCUAAAGACCCUCAAGCAAAAGACAAGAAAUAGUCUGCUGUUAGUAUAUUUCUAUGUAAAUACUGUAUGUGUGUGUGUGUGUUUGUUUUGUGUAUGCAAUAAACUUAUUUGAGACGUCA